AUGGUGAACUGCUGUGGAUUGGUAACUGUCAAGAAUGAACCAGGUACUGUUUGAAAGCAGAAAUGAUUGUUUCCCUCCAUGUCUGUGUGUUUCGUCCUUCUCCCAGACAUGAGCUCUCAUCAGUAUCUAGUUUAUCUUUAUUUAUUAAAGAGAUACUUCAGAACUUUCCACCACAUUUUAUAUAGUUUUCAAUAAAUUAAGCAUUUCCCUCAUGUCACGACCGUCAGGGUAAGGAGUAGACCAAGGCGCAGCGUUGCAGGCAAACAUACUCUUUAAUGAGCGAAAACACGAUCAAAACAAACAAAGACGGUAACGUGACAGUUCACGGUGAAACUAAACCAACUAGAAACAAGAACCCACAAAACCAAAGGAAAAACCGACAGAUUAAAUAUGGCUCCCAAUCAGAGACAACCAGCAAACAGCUGACACUCGUUGCCUCUGAUUGGGAGUCACUCAGGCCAACACAGAAAUACGGAACAUAGAUCUACACACCCUGGCUCAACAUAACAGUGUCCCCAGAGCCAGGGCGUGACACCUCAGAUGAGCUAUCAAUCACAUUUACUAUCUCUAAGUGGUUCCCAAACGAUGUCAUCGUCAGUUCUCUCUUCCCUCCAUCCCUCUCUCCAUCCAUCCACUCUCAGUGCCUCUGAAGAGUAUUGCUGUGGAGGUGAGUGUGCAGGGGCAUGUGGCCACUGUGAGCUCCACUCUGCAGUAUGAGAACCAGGAGGAAAGCCCUCUGGAGGCCAUCUUUGUUUUCCCUCUGCCAGGAGAGGCUGCUGUCUGCAGGUUCAGCGCCAAGAUAGGACAGACUGAGGUGGUGGCUGAAGUUCAGGAGAAACAGAAGGUGAGGAGAAAUGACAAGUCAACAACGAGACAAAUGCAACUGUCAACAUUUUUGAAAUUCCUUUUCUGAGAUCUACAAAAGAUUUUUUUUUAGCAGGAUUCGGGUUAAUUUCAUGUUAAUACCAAUCAAUGACAUGUUAGUACAAAUGUUGUUACUAGUGUAAUUACAGCGUUACUACACAGGUUUAAAAGCAACAUGGUGUUAAGUGUUACCGGCCGACUAACCUGGCCACCCAAUAAUCUCCCUCAUUCCUAAUUGGCAUAUCAAUCCUCACCUCUACACCAUGCUAGCUGAUGUGUGGUGAGCGUUCUGGCACAAAAUGGUUGCCAUGCAUCACCCAGGUGGGUGCCACACAUUGAUGGUGGAUGAGGUGAGUUUCCCCCUUACUAUGUAACGUGCUUUGAGUACCUCAGUUGGUAGAAAGGGGCUAUAUAAAUCCAAUCCAUUAUUUAUUAUCAUUACCCAAUUGGUUAACCAGCAGUCUAUGACCUACGGGGCUUCUAAAAUUAGGUAUUUUUUAACAGCUCUCUGCUCUCACUAUUAGACUUUGACCCUGUAAAACUGGUUCCCCACCCACUGAUUUGUCAAAAGCCACUCUGUCAAACCCCAUUGACUUGACUAGUGUCAGUCAGACAGCACCCUCCCCUGGAUGUUACUGUUCUAUGCUGUGUCUCAGGCUGAUGAUGCAUCCGUGUGUUCCUCUGUCCCCCCCCCCCCCCCUCAGGCACAGGAGCAGUAUGAUGAUGCGUUGAGCUCGGGCCAGCAGGCCUUCCUAUUGGAGGAGAGUGAUGAGAGCCCGGAUGUGUUCAAGCUGAGUGUAGGUAGUCUGCCUCCAGGGGAGAAGGCCUCUGUCAGCCUGGACUAUGUGACAGAGCUGGCUGUACAGGCUGACGAAGGCCUGAGGCUCUGCCUGCCCGCCGUGCUCAACCCCCGCUACCAACCCCAGGGUAAGAACAUGGACACCUGUAUAGAGAGACACAAACCAGUAAUACGUCAUCGGGCAGUCCAAAACAAAGUAAAAACCUUGUGGGCAGCAUUGUGACUGGGAACCAGCAGCUGGUCCCAUAGCGCAGUGGUGUUCAGUCCUGCUCUUGGAGACCCACAGGGGGUGGUGCAGGCUUUAGUUCCAGUCCAGCUUUAAUACAUCUGAUUGAAUGAAUCAAGGUCUUGGUGAGUUGUUGAGUUGAAAGGUAGAAGUGCUGGGCUGGAACAAAAACAUGCUAAUUUGUGGGUCUCUCUCUCUCCUCUCUAUCUUUCUUUCUUCUCUCUCUGCCUCUCUCCCUCCUCCUCCCUCCCUCACCCCAUCUCUCUCUAAGGGUCAGACAGUGGUAGUGAUGGCAGUGCCCAGGUGUCCUCAGUGCCCGCUGGUUCUGUGCCGUACAGUCUGUCCCUCAGUGCCUGCGUGUCGUCCCCUCAUCCCAUCUCUAGAGUAGAGUCCAACUGUCCCCUGGACCCACUCAACUACCUCAACACAGCGAAAACCCAAGCCACGGUACUGUGUGUCUGUCUGUAUGUAUGUGUGUGUUCAUAAGCAUGUGUAAGUGUGUUUCUUUACAUACGUAUGUAUGAAUGAAUGUCUGUGUGUGUACAGUAUGUCUGUGUGCUUUCACUCUCACUAGCACCAUGAACCAUCAGAAUCCUUCAUAGGUGUUAAAUUCCCUCUGACUGCUCUGUCUUCAUUUGAAUGUUGUUCUAACUGCAGGUCAGUCUGGCUGCAGGUCAUCAGUUUGACCGGGACGUUGAGCUGUUGUUGUAUUACCAAGACACCCAUCAGCCUACUGCUAUAGUAGAGGCAGCACAGGCUUCUGCCAAGCCAGGUGAGGGGGAUGUGGGUGUGCUCUGUUGUAGACUGGUGUAUAUGAGAUGAAUGAGUAGUCUAGUCUACUACCUUAAUCCAUGUUUACAUAGAGGGACAUGGUGAGACAGAAGCAUAGAUGUACUGUAGAGAUGGAGAAAGGCUGUUGGACACUUCUGUUCUCUCUCUCUCUCUCCCUCUCCCUCUCUCCCUCUCCCUCUCCCUCCCUCUCUCCCCCUCCCUCCCUCCCUCCCUCCCUCCCAGGCUCUCUGAUGGGCGACCCAGUGGUCAUGUUGAGCCUGUACCCAGCAUUCCCCAACGAUGUGAUGUCAUCGAUGACCUCACACGGGGAGUUUCUGUUCGUGGUGGAUUGCUCUGGCAGCAUGGAACGCCCCAUUCACUAUGGACCUGGGGCUCAGGACCGUAUUAGCAGUGCCAGGGUAUUCACACACACUGCAAACACACACACACACACACACACACACACACACACACACACACACACACACACACACACACACACACAACAACCCUGUACUAGUAAAUCAUCUCAAUUUGCACAGGAUUCAUCAAGAGGUAGUUUGGUGUGAAAUUCAGUACACAAAGUGUCUACUCUGUAGGAUACUAGUUCUUUGAGACUUUAUGCAAUAUGGUUUAUUGAAGAGUAAAGACACUUGUUGAAUUUCUCUCUUGCAGGAUACGCUGCUGCUCUUGCUGAAAAGCCUGCCCAUGGGCUGCUACUUCAACAUCAUCGGCUUUGGGAACAUUUAUAAGUCCUUCUUUCCGUGAGUGUUCUCUCCUUCCAACCCCUGUUUCAAUCAGUUCAAGUCAGUGUCUGAAGAGUUCAGUUUUUUACAAACACAUUUAGCUAUGUCAUUCUAGGGUUUUAUCAUGUAUGUUGCACCAGGUAGUCCAAAUCCAAAGGUAAACAGUGACAUUGUUUCAUAGUUAAUGUUAACAUCUAAUAAUUUGCAGCAGGUAGGGGUAGGGCUGUUACAGUGACUGUAUUACCGCCACACCGGCGGUCAGGAGUCUUGAAGGCAGUCAAAUUCCACGUGACCGUUUAGUCACGGUAAUUAGGCUUCUCCAAGCUCUGAUGCUGCUGAUGGUCAAUAGUAGGCUACCAAACUUUUUAACUGCCUGGUACUCAGCACUCUUUUGUCCCUCUAAUCACUCUGACAUCAAUGGAAAUGUAUUUCUUUUCUCAUGCCCCUGUUCUGAGACAGGUGCAUGAUAAUGGUCCAUUCUAAAUCAAAACUAAUAUCAAACGUAUAUUAUUUAUUAUAUGUAAAGACACCAUUAAAUUAAGAAUAGUCUAAUGGGUGACAAUAUUAGCCUAUCACUUGUGAAUGAUGUAGCGAUUUUAGCACGUAAAUCUUGGCGGGCAAACAACAACAACAAAACAUUUUGAUGCCAGCAAAGCCACAACACAACACUAAAUAAUACAUUCAUUGCACUAUAACGUUGACAAACGGUGCCCACAAACUGUUAAGGCCUACAUAAAGCUGUCCCAACAGCAGAGCGUUCUUUUCAGCACCAUGGAGUGAAUCCUUACCACCGCUACACCUGGCUAUCAGCGGAGCCUUGUCUGGCAGCGAAACAGUUCAUUCAGCCUGAUUUUUUAUUUAUUUUUUAUGAUAGCUGAUAUGGCUGACUUCCUUAAACAAAUGUGGUUUCUACUGACAAUUGAGAUGUACAAACUAUGGCAUAAGGGAAUGAUGAGUGGAUAAGAGGCAAUCCGAGCUAGGAUGGACGUAGUAAAUAUAACUAUGUUCAGCAUUUUUACAAUGUACAGCGACAGAAUUCAGAACAUGGGCCGUUCUUACAGUAUUCUCCCUGUACACCAAGUCAGAACCGUAGGAUAAAUAAAGGGGGCAUAUAAGCAGACCAUGAAAGCUCUUACGAUAUUCAAUGAUUACAUUUCUCUAAAACAGGCUAUAGGCUACAUGUACACCACCAAGUCAGAACAGUAGGCUAAGUUAUGAGGGGGAAAGGGACCAAAUUAUUAGGGUGAGGCACAUGGGCAACUAAACGCUUACUACACAACAUACACAUAGUAUUACUUUCUUAGCUACAGUAUACAUAUCUCCCUGGCAUAUUACAUCAUUUAUGCAGCAGUAUACAAGACAUUUCUGGACUCCCCUUGUUGUGCUGUGCUCACUUGAACAGGAAGGUGGCGCGGCGGUCCAUCUUGUGGGCUCUAGAAAGAGGCCCGAGUUCCCGACUUGGAAACCGAGUUGGAUGACCGUUCAAAAUUAUUUUCUGAUUUUUUUUCCCAGUCAGAGCUAGUUUUUUUCAGAGUUCCCAGUUGUCUUGACCUGACUGAAGUCUGAGAUUUCCCAGUUCCGAGUUUCCAGUUGUUUUGAAGGGUAAACAUUCACAUGCAACGCCAUGGGCCAGAAGUUACGAUCUUGUCUCAUCGCUGCAACUCCCCUACGGACUCGGCGAAGGACGAGAGCCAAGCCGAACUGCUUCUUGACACACUGCUCGCUUAACCCGGAAGCCAGCCGCACCAAUGUGUCGGAGGAAACACUGUCGAACUGACAACCAAAGUCAGCUUGCAGGCGCCCGGCCCGCCACAAGGAGUUGCUAGAGCACGAUGAGACAUGGAAAUCCCGGCCUGCCAAACCUUCCCCUAACCCGGACGAUGCUGGGCCAAUUGUGCGGCGUCCCAUGGGUCUCCCGGUCACGGCAGGCUGUGACACAGCCUGGGAUCGAACCCGAGGCUGCAGUCGCGCCUCAGCACUCAUUGUUGAAUUUGAGAUUUCCAACUUGUUGUGUAAUGUUUAUGUCCAAUGGCUGAUGAGCACCGAUACGUUUUUAUCUAUAAUUUAUUUUCAUAUGACAAGGAUUGAAAAGGAUUUGCCAGUAGAUUGUCGACUAGAUUCAUAAUGAUCAAUGACUACUUGUCUAGCUUGCUAGCUAAGAUUUUGAAAGUAUGAUGUUGACAUGAUCAGUCCAAUCAAAGCUACGGUAGAUAUAACGUGAUUUGACGUCAUUUUAUUUGUGGUCAAUGACCUUGAGCCUUCUUGGAUGGACACUACUAAUGUAAGUCUACGGCAGCACCUAAGGGGCUUGAAUUUUCGAGCUCUACCCGUAGAUUUUGCGGUGACGUAAUUUCACCAUGAGUGACAGAACACUGAGCCAAUCACGGCACAACUAGAGAACAUUACCAACCCCUACGCUCCGUAUUUUCCGCUGGCUGCCCCACCACCACAGAAAGCACUGAGUUAGGCUGAAACACCUGCGUUUUGGAGCUGCCUUACUCAACAAAGCAAAAAAUAUACCUUUUUUUUUUUUUUAGAUUGUUUGCAAACUGAUAUAUGAAACGUAUUAAUGCCAAAAUAACAUACAAAACAGCCCCCCCCCCCAAAAAAAAAGAAAGAAAAUAAAAACAGUUUUUUCUUUAUGCUAAACAGGUGGGGCUCAAAACAGGUGGGGCUCUGCACCUCCCCUGAAUGACUUGCAUUAAGGCAAGAAACAGCGCAUACCUUUUUUUGGUCACUUUUUCUAAUCAUAUUCGCACACCUCAUGUAACUUAGCCCAUAGGCCUAGAUGUUUUGAUAAGGUUUGUAUCACAACUAAAGUGGCCAAAUAACUUCUUAAAAUUAAGCACAUUUAAUCUGCUUUAUAACUGGCAUUUGCCGUCACUUUCAAGAACAGCGUUUUCCCGCUAAUGUAUUGCAUUUUGGAACAUUCGCGCCUACUGCCGUGUGCACAUUGCUGCGCUUAUGUGAAAAAAUAGCCUACUAGUUUAGCAACAUUUAAGCUAAACGAUCAGCCUCAUUACUUUUCAACGUUUUUUUUUAUGCGAGUGGUUGUAUUAAUUUGGGAUCUAUUGCAUCCCACAACUUUCCCACUAUGUUGGGAAUAUGUAUUUAUUGCACAGAAGGACAAGUUGACCAAUAUAAUGGGUCAACUUUUGUACUAUGGGGGAUAGUAGAUUGACAUAGGCUAGUGGUUUUGCUGUUUGUUAGGCCUACUCAUCUUGUUGUCUGACAAAGUAAAUGUGGACAGUUCUAACAUCUUCAAUAUGUGCUUCGGAAUUCAAUGUGUCUGUCUUCAUUCACUUGUAGCCUACUUCUUAUUUGAAAUGCCUGUGAGAAGGACCCGAUCACGUGAUGGAAUUGGCUACAUCUGAGAGAGCCAUGUGAGUGAGAGGUGCUUCGGAGCACGGCAGCCGGGAGAAGGGAAUUAUAAUUUGCGUAUUAUAGGGGGCAUUACGGCCACAUAAGGGGGAUGCCACCGGGAAAUUCGAGGCCUGGUGAGAAUAUUAUCAAGUGAUUGUCAAGUUGUGGAUGAGAGACUGAUGAAGUGUGUGCAGCUUGCGACUUUUUUCAAAUCAUCAUUAGAAUCCCAUCUUGCAGCCUUAGAAUGUAUUAAACAUCAAAAUAUAUAGCCCAAUGUUUGUAUCACAACUACAUUUGCAUAAAUAACUCGAAAUUAAGCAUAUAGGAGGACCAGUUUCUUUGUUAGCUGCUCAACACAGAAUAGCCGCAUGUGCGCACUUUGGAGAAAAUAUAUUUUAUAUUUUAUUAAGCUAUGUUCAAUUGUAUUCUUCAUACUAUAAAAUAAUGCCACGGAAUUCUAAACACAUCUUGUCUGCUAAAUGAACUAGUGUAGCCCACAGCCUAACAUAAGGACAACACAGAGUAUGCUAUUCUGUUCUUCUGAAAUAGACUACAUUUUCUUCAUAUCAUGUUUCUUUAGACCUGUCUAAAAUAAGUAAUGGAUUUGUGAUGGUGUAGGCUAUAUUAAAUGGAUUUAUUAGACUUUUUAGAAUGUAGAUGUUCCAAAGGUCUGUAUCAGUGGCUUGUAGGCAAUGCUUGGAAGCCAGGAGAUGCUAAACGUGUUUAUGCUAAUUAACGGUCAAUUGCCAUGAGACCGGCAGUUAUUGGGUGACAAUCACCAGCUGACAAAAUUUCAUGACUGCCACAGGCCUAGGUAGGGGAAAUAUUAAAGUGUCUAUGUCUUUGGUCUAUAAUAUGUUGUGGUGAUGACCCUUUGACAGUUUUUUACAAACACAUUGAGCUAUGACAUUCUAGGGUUUUAUCAUGUAUGUUGCACCAGGUAAUCCAAAUCCAAAGGUAAACAGUGACAGUGUUUGACAGUUAAUGUUUACAUUUAAUCAUUUGCAGCAGGUUAGAGGAAAUAUUAAAAUGUCCAUGUCUUGGGUCUGUUAUAUAUAUAUAUAUAUACACAGUGGGGAGAACAAGUAUUUGAUACACUUCCGAUUCUGCAGGUUUUCCUACUUACAAAGCAUGUAGAGGUCUGUAAUUUGUAUCAUAGGUACACUUCAACUGUGAGAGACGAAAAUCACAUUGUAUGAUUUUUAAGUAAUUAAUUUGCAUUUUAUUGCAUGACAUAAGUAUUUGAUACAUCAGAAAAGCAGAACUUAAUAUUUGGUACAGAAACCUUUGUUUGCAAUUACAGAGAUCAUACGUUUCCUGUAGGUCUUGACCAGGUUUGCACACACACUGCAGCAGGGAUUUUGGCCCACUCCUCCAUACCUUCUCCAGAUCCUUCAGGUUUCGGGGCUGUUGCUGGGCAAUAAGGACUUUCAGCUCCCUCCAAAGAUGUUCUAUGGGGUUCAGGUCUGGAGACUGGCUAGGCCACUCCAGGACCUUGAGAUGCUUUUUACGGAGCCACUCCUUAGUUGCCCUGGCUGUGUGUUUCGGGUCGUUGUCAUGCUGGAAGACCCAGCCACGACCCAUCUUCAAUGCUCUUACUGAGGGAAGGAGGUUGUUGGUCAAGAUCUCGCGAUACAUGGCCCCAUCCAUCCUCCCCUCAAUACGGCGCAGUCGUCCUGUCCCCUUUGCAGAAAAGCAUCCCCAAAGAAUGAUGUUUCCACCUCCAUGCUUCACGGUUGGGAUGGUGUUCUUGGGGUUGUACUCAUCCUUCUUCUUCUUCCAAACACAGCGAGUGGAGUUUAGACCAAAAAGCUCUAUUUUUGUCUCAUCAGACCACAUGACCUUCUCCCAUUCCUCCUCUGGAUCAUCCAGAUGGUCAUUGGCAAACUUCAGACGGGCCUGGACAUGCGCUGGCUUGAGCAGGGGGACCUUGCGUGCACUGCAGGAUUUUAAUCCAUGACGGCGUAGUGUGUUACUAAUGGUUUUCUUUGAGACUGUGGUCCCAGCUCUCUUCAGGUCAUUGACCAGGUCCUGCCGUGUGGUUCUGGGCUGAUCCCUCGCCUUCCUCAUGAUCAUUGAUGCCCCACGAGGUGAGAUCUUGCAUGGAGCCCCAGACCAAGGGUGAUUGACCGUCAUCUUGAACUUCUUCCUUUUUCUAAUAAUUGCGCCAACAGUUGUUGCCUUCUCACCAAGCUGCUUGCCUAUUGUCCUGUAGUCCAUCCCAGCCUUGUGCAGGUCUACAAUUGUAUCCCUGAUGUCCUUACACAGCUCUCUGGUCUUGGCCAUUGUGGAGAGGCUGGAGUCUGUUUGAUUGAGUGUGUGGACAGAUGUGUUUUAUACAGGUAACGAGUUCAAACAGGUGCAGUUAAUACAGGUAAUGAGUGGAGAACAGGAGGGCUUCUUAAAGAAAAACUAACAGGUCUGUGAGAGCCGGAGCCAACUUACUGGUUGGUAGGUGAUCAAAUACUUAUGUCAUGCAAUAAAAUGCAAAUUAAUUACUUAAAAAUCAUACAAUGUGAUUUUCUGGAUUUUUGUUUUAGAUUCUGUCUCUCACAGUUGAAGUGUACCUAUGAUACAAAUUACAGACCUCUACAUGCUUUGUAAGUAGGAAAACCUGCAGAAUCGGCAGUGUAUCAAAUACUUGUUCUCCCCACUGUGUAUGUGUGUGUGUAUGUAUGUAUGUAUGUAUGUAUGUAUAUGUAUAUGUGUGUAUAUGUCUGUCUGUCUCAUAUCUGUCUCUGUCUGUCUGUAUAUAUGUAUUUAUCUGGACGUCAGUAAGAGUGUGGAGUACAGCCAGAAGACUAUGGAUGAGGCUCUACAGAAGGUGAAGGGAAUGAGGGCUGACCUGGGAGGUACAAAGAUCCUCAAGCCUUUAAGACAUAUCUACAGCCAGCCCUGCCUCCCCGACCAGCCCAGACAG